GAUAUUAACAACAUCGAUAACUCGAUGAAUUUUUAGAGCAAGCAGAAAAUUUCAAUAUUUAGAAAUUGAUCAAAUACAUAUACGGGGGGCACUUAGUUGAGGCUUAAAAGUAUUUAUUCCAAUAUACGUAAUUAGUGCAAGAACAGCAAAAUGACCGAAAUUUGUGAACCUCUGACCUUGGCGAGAGAUGUUAAGAGGUCAAUAGAGUUAUUAGAAAAACUUCAGGCCAGCGGAGAUUUUCCCACAACAAAAUUGGCUGCACUGCAAAAAGUUCUUAAUUCUGAUUUCUUGAACUCUGUGCGUGAAGUCUAUGAACAUGUUUAUGAAACAGUUGAUAUACAAGGCUCACACGAUGUUAGGGCAUCCGCAACAGCUAAAGCAACUGUGGCUGCCUUUGCUGCCAGUGAAGGCCAUGCGCAUCCUAGAGUUGUUGAAUUGCCAAAAACAGAGGAAGGAUUGGGCUUCAAUGUGAUGGGAGGCAAGGAACAGAAUUCUCCCAUUUAUAUCUCUCGCAUCAUCCCAGGUGGUGUUGCAGAUAGACAUGGAGGAUUAAAAAGAGGUGAUCAGCUACUUUCCGUUAACGGAGUGUCAGUUGAAGGCGAAAAUCAUGAGAGAGCCGUUGAAUUAUUGAAGCAAGCGGUUGGUUCCGUAAAGCUCGUUGUACGUUAUACGCCAAAAGUUCUUGAAGAAAUGGAAAUGCGUUUUGAUAAACAGCGCAAUACACGUCGUCGUCAAUAAAGCGUAUAAUUUAAUUAUAAUACAAACAAAUUUUACUACAUGAUUUACGAAUCUCGUAAAAAUUAUAUAAUUCGCUCGGCCAUUACGAGGGCUAUUGCUUAAUUUUCCAAGUGAUCCAAACCUAGGGAUCCAAUUAAUUUUAAUUUUUACAAUUAAAGGGUUAAACAAAAAUCUGUGUUGAAAACAAUACACAAUGGUGUGGCGUUGUUCAAUAUUGUUCAUGAAAUAGAUUUGGAUGUCUUUUUAAGCAACACCCUUUGUAAUAUUGGAAUUGGAAAUGUCUAACGUUCUUUGUCAGGAUAUCAAAAUAGUUAACUCAUUUUGCUGCCUCUAAUGUUAUUCAUUAAAAUACUGAUUGUGGGUAAUAUUUUUUGUAAUCAGCUGGCAAUGCAACAACUACACAAAUUAGUGUAUCCGAUCCAGGUUAUAUCCCUUUUAAAGCGUACCUUUGGUAUAAUGUUCAACCUUUUAGCAGAACAAGAAUUUUAAAAUUCAGUCGAAAUGCGACUCUUGCUCAAAGUGAGUUCACGGAAGGUCGCAGUACAAAAGAAGAAAACAAAGUAAUACCGGGUAACAAAUAGGAUGUUUUUCUUACGAAAUUACGUUUAUAUAUUGAAUUAGUAAUUUUAAAUAUGUCGCACGAUGUAUAACUUUAUAACGAAAUUGCCCAAUGUGUCUCGUUUUGUAUUAAAAAUGUUUCCAAAAUAAAUAACAAUGAUUAAA